AUGACAUUUGAUGAUUCCCCAGAGAUGAGAAACGAUCCACCACCAACCUAUAAGAGCAGCUACGAUUUUGGGGCAGAAGAACGUAUUGCUGUUAUAAACUCUUCAUCACUUGGUCAACUCACCCAAAACCUCGUUGAUACAUUGGGCAGCAUACUGGAUGUCUCUUUCGGAAAAGAACAAUUGAUUGAAAGCCUUGAGACGACUUUGAGGCAGCAACCAGUAGCGAAACAUAAACAGAUAUUUGACAUCGCCCAAAGUAUUGUUCAUGCCUGCCACAAUGUUUAUGGACCAAAAGAAGAUUCAUCGACAAUAAAGCACGGGGAAAAGCACCGACGGAUCAAAGAAGAAGACUUUGACGCAAGUCAGACUGAGUCGGACACAGAAGAUGCAGCAUCAGAGAUUUACCCUCAACGUCGUCAGAGUAUGUCUGCGAAGGAUCAGCUUGAGCUUCAAGAGAGCGCUCAAGGUUUAAAACUAUCUCAAGCCAACUCUUCCAAGAAAGUACUUAGAUCCAAAGCUACUUCGUCUAACACCAAGCCGUUGCCGACGCUACAGGGCAGAAAUGCCAAGCGAGCUUCUACGCCUUUCGCUAUGUCACAGAAGACAUGCGAUACAGCUUCUCGCGAAAGCUCAAGGCUUAGUUCUCCAGAGAUUAUGGAUACGCCGCCUCGGAUAGAAGACGCCCUCCAAAAGGAAACACCGAAAGAUCCGAAGGACCCUGACUAUGCAUUGCAUUCUUUAAUCGAUCAAUCUACUCAAGACUUCAUAUAUCACUCUCAUCAGCAAAUCAUAGAGUUCUCUUCGUGUGAAGAUUCAUCACCAACUUACACGGUCCUUGUCAGAUCUCUGUACGGCAAAGAAAGCGAGGGUGAAUCAACGUGGUCAAUGGGUUCGCAAUGGCUUCAUCUAGCGGAAGGGGCGCAAACAGACAGGAAGUAUGGAGCGAUCCUUUGCGCAUUGGCUGCAAUGGAGUUCCAAAAGUGGCAUGAAUCUCAAAAGCUGCAGCACAAAGAUCUGCCGUCGCAAACAGCGUCUAAACGAGUAACCGACAGACUCGUCGGGUCCAAGCCAGCAGAUCACUACGAAAAGAGGACCUGGAUUCAACGACGGAGCAACAUUGCCACCUUAUUAACGCGCGGGAAAAAGUGGAUUCAGCUAGUGGAACAUCUUGGACUCGGAAUACUAUUUAAAGAUGCCUGGUAA